AUGCCACGUAAACUGACAGAUUGUGACCGUCGACGCCUCAAAGCCUGCGCAGCACCACUCCCCAAGGUGCGCCGUUUUGAUUGGCUUAACAAAAUGUUUACUGCAGCUGAACAAAUUGUAUCUGUGCUCGAACGUGAUAUGCAGAAGAAGCUGGAAGGACAAGGGUGCAACUAUCCAACCCCGGACAAAGACCGACCUACAAAGAAAGAAUGUCAUGGCUUUUUCUUUCUUUCUUCUAUUUUCCUUUCCUUAUUCUUUCUGACUUUUUCUUUCUUUCUCUCUAUCUUUCUUUCUUUCUUUCUUUCUUUCUUAUUUUUUCUUUUUUGUUCCUUAUUAUUUUUCUUUCAUUCUUUCUUUUAUUCUUGUUCGAUUGCUACCUACUUUCUUUCUUAUAUCACACAUUCCUCAUUGACGUCAUAUAAUUGUUUUCUUUCUUUCUCUCUUUCUUUCUUUCUUUCUUUCUUUCUUUCUUUCGUAACUUGUCUUCCUUUUCAUUUUCAUCCUUUUCUUUUCCAUUAUUUCCGUUCUUGUCUUUUCUUCUUUUGCUUUCUUUCUUUUUUCUAUCAUUUUCUUUCUUUCUUUCUUUCUUUCUUUCUUUCUUUCUUUCUUUCUCUCUUUCUUUCUUUCUUUCUUUCUUUCGUGACUUGUCUUCCUUUUCAUUUUCAUUCUUUUCUUUUCCAUUAUUUCCGUUCUUGUCUUUUCUUCUUUUGCUUUCUUUCUUUUUUCUAUCAUUUCCUUUCUUUCUUUCUUUCUUUCUUUCUUUCUUUUUUUCCUUCUUUCUUUCUUUCUUUCUUUCUUUCUUUCUUUCUCCAAAACAUCUCUUUAUUUUCCUUUUAUAUAUUCUUCCUGGACCCCAUUAGCACGGCACUUGACCGAGUGAUACCACAAAUUCGUAGCAAUUAA